CAUUGGGAGCUUGGGGAUAAAGGCCGAGGAGGAUGGAGUGCAUAACGUUACACUGACACUAUCUACUUUCACCGGGACUCAGAAUGGAGUAAGGAUUAAGUCUUGGGGAAGACCAAGCCGUGGAUUUGCUACAAAAGUUUAUUUUCAACACAUCAUUAUGGAUAAUGUGAAAAACCCGAUCAUAAUUGAUCAAAAUUACUGUCCACAUGAGACAGACUGUCCUGGUCAGGCUUCUGGAGUUAAAGUCAGCGAAGUAACAUACGAAGACAUCAAGGGAACUUCCGCCACUGAAAUAGCAAUCAAUUUUGAUUGUAGCCCAAUAAAUCAUUGCACUGGAUUAAGCAUGAAAGACAUAAACCUAACUUACGAGAAUCACAUCGCUAAAGCUUCAUGUAAAAAUGCCGAAGGAACUACCUCUGGUGUGGUUGAACCUUCUGGUUGCUUAGCAGAAAAAUCUAAUUUUUGGCAAAACGUGUUGGUACUAAGAUUAAAGGAUGAUAAAAAUGCUCUAGAGGGCUUAUAA